CUAUAACCGCGGGUUCCAAACCUUCCCUUUCACUGCGGUUUCAAGGCUGAAGGACAGUAAUUGCCGACUCCGACAGCGUCCGGCUGACGGGGGCCAUGAACGUGCUGUUGUGCGGAGCUUUGCUGAUCGUGUGGGUCCCUCUGUCCGAGUCCGCUUGUUAUAUGUUUCCUGACCACAAAGAGAAACAGCCCAUCGGGUCAGCCAAAGCGAGCGACUGUAUCGACCCCCACGACAAAUCCGAGCAUCUAACGGGGACAACAUGGAUCAACAGCAUGUGCCAGACCUGUAGCUGUGUCCAGUGCAAGACGUUGUGCUGCGAUCGGGUCCUGCUACCCAGAGGCUAUUCAGAGGACUGCGUGGCAACCUUCAACAGGAAGAAAUGCCGGUACACCGUUCACCAGAAGGAAAACCUUUCCGCCCAAUGUAAGACACAGUACUAUGUUGGAAAAUGA